GGGGAUUUUUCUUAUUGGGGGGGUUGUUAAAAAAUAAAUAUAAGAGCGGCCAUCUUUGUUUCCCUGCCUUGUAGUGUAAAAUAUUCCAAAACGGCCCCCACUUUUUUUCUGGUGUCGAUUUGAAUAUUAAAUAAAUAUCAUAAUUCCGGAAGGUUUCUGAUUUCGAGGAAGGAGCCGAUGACAUGAAUAUAAUGUCCUCUCCUCUCCGGUCCUGUGAGGAAGACCAGGGCAUGUUGGUUAAUUCCGAGGGAGUAGAUUUUGAUGAAGAAGACGAGGACGACGGAGAUCUAGACGAGAACGCAAGCGACAUAAACUCGCCGGCGGCGCCUCGAGAAACUGCAACACUAGCCGCGCCAGUAGAGGAAGAAAGGGAAGCAUCAGACAGGGCCAGUCUAGGGAGGAAGAAACGAGGGCCCAAGAAGAAGGAGACAAAGAAGAAGGAGAAAGAGAAAGAGGGAAAACCGGUUAAAGCCAAAAAACGGAAAAAGAUUGAAAGUGAUGUAGAGAGAGACUCGGAGCGAGAGAGAGAUUAUGGUGAGAACUCCGACAGCGCAGCGAGUGACUUCUCUGGCGAGAAAAAGAAGAAGAAGAAACACAAGGAAAAGAAGGAGAAGAAAACCAAGAAGAAGAAAAAAGAUGAUGAGGACAGCACGCACGAGGAGACAACAAAGCCAAUAGAACAGAAGACGUCGGCCCAGCUGGCUAUGGACUGGGGUCUGGAGGAUGUGGAUCAUACAUUCACUGAAGACGAUUACCGCACACUCACCAACUACAAAGCCUUCAGCCAGUCCAUGAGGCCCAUGAUCGCCAAGAAGAACCCUAAGAUCCCCAUGUCUAAGAUGAUGACCAUCCUGGGGGUCAAGUGGAGGGAGUUCAGCUCUAACAACCCCUUCAAGGGCUCCGGUGCUGCAGCCGUGGCAGCUGCAGCCGCCGCCGCCGCCAUUGCCGUCGCCGAGCAGGUCUCCGCGGCAACCCCAUCCCCGGAGCCACCUCCACCCCGGAAGCAGCCCCAACCCCCACGGCCGCCCCCCCUGCCACCACCCCCGCCUCCCCCGCUCCGCAAGGCCAAGACCAAAGAGGGCAAAGGCCCUGGGUAUAAGAAGAGUCGCAGUAAGAGUCCUCGUGUUCUGGCUGAGAGGAAGAAGGCGGUGGCAGCAGCAGUAGCGGCUUCAGUAGCUAAAGCCAAGAAGAUGUCCCCCAUACGCAUAAAACUGGGGGCCUUAGGCAACAAGAGAAAGAAGAGCAGCUCUAGUGGUGAUGAUGUUGAUGAGGAGGACUCGCUGCAAGAGGACUCCAGUGUCCACAGCUCCUCGGUCCGCUCCGACAGCUCCUCCCGGGUCAAGAAGAACAAGAGAGGACGCCCGGCCAAGAAGAAUAAGAAAAUGCUGGAUGAGGGUGAGGUGGAGGGGGAUGGUUAUGAGACAGACCACCAGGACUACUGUGAGGUGUGCCAGCAGGGAGGGGAGAUCAUUCUGUGUGACACCUGUCCUAGGGCCUACCACCUGGUCUGUCUGGAGCCUGAGCUGGAGAAGGCCCCCGAGGGCAAGUGGAGUUGCCCACACUGUGAGAAAGAGGGGAUCCAGUGGGAAGCGAAGGAUGAGGACUUUGAGGAGUUUGAGGAGGAGAGUGAGGACAUGGUGGUACCAGAGGUACCUGGGGUUGGACUGCUGGUAGGACUGGAGGAAGAGGAGGAUGACCACAUUGAGUUCUGCAGGGUCUGUAAAGAUGGGGGGGAACUAUUGUGCUGUGACACCUGCACUUCCUCCUACCACAUCCACUGUCUCAACCCGCCCCUGCCUGAGAUCCCCAACGGAGAGUGGCUGUGUCCACGCUGCACUUGUCCUGCUAUCAAGGGCAGGGUGCAGAGGAUCCUCCACUGGCGAUGGGGCGAGCCCCCCGAUCCUGUACCCGUGCCUCCCGCCCCCGAUACCCCUCCUGAUGCUCCUCCGCCACCCCCCAUGAAGGGCAGGGCUGAGAGGGAGUUCUUUGUCAAGCUGACUGGACAGUCCUACUGGCACUGUACCUGGAUCACUGAACUGCAGCUGGAGAUCUUCCACUCUGUGAUGUUCCGUAACUACCAGAGGAAGACAGAUAUGGAGGAGCCUCCCAGUCUGGACUAUGGGUCGGGGGGAGAGGAGGAGAGUAUUAAGAGUGAGAAGAGGAGGCUGAAAGACCCAGACUAUGCUGCCCUGGAUGACAAGUUCUAUAAAUACGGCAUCAAGCCUGAAUGGAUGAUGGUCCACCGCAUCAUCAACCACAGUAUGGACAAGAAAGGGAUAUACCACUACCUGGUCAAGUGGAGAGACCUGACCUACGACCAGUGCACAUGGGAGAGAGACGAUCUGGAGAUGCCAGAGUUUGUCAUUCACAAGGCCAACUACUGGGCACACAGGGAUGAGGUGAUGAAGGAGGCCCCAGACAUGCCGAGGAGGAUGAGGAGGAUGAGGAUGGAAGAGAGUGAAGACCCCCACAGAUCACCUGUCAACGACCCUACGAUAAAGUACGAGGAGCAGCCAGACUUUGUGACGGCGACGGGGGGCACUCUGCACCUCUACCAGCUGGAGGGACUCAACUGGCUGCGUUUCUCCUGGGCACAGGGCACUGACACCAUCCUGGCAGACGAGAUGGGGCUGGGCAAGACUAUCCAGACCAUCGUCUUCCUUUACUCACUCUUUAAAGAGGGCCACACUAGGGGCCCGUUCCUGGUGAGUGCCCCCCUCUCCACCAUCAUUAACUGGGAGAGAGAGUUUGAGAUGUGGGCCCCUGACUUCUACGUGGUGACCUACACAGGAGACAAGGACAGCAGAGCCAUCAUCAGAGAGAACGAGCUGACCUUCGACGACACGGCCGUACGGGGAGGGAGGAAAACCUUCAAACUGAGGAGAGAAGCCCCUAUAAAGUUCCAUGUCCUGUUGACGUCCUAUGAGCUGGUGACGAUAGACCAGACCUCCCUGAAGUCUAUAGACUGGGCCUGUCUAGUGGUGGACGAAGCCCACCGCCUCAAGAACAACCAGAGCAAGUUCUUCAGACGUCUGAAUGACUAUACGAUUGACCACAAGCUGCUGCUGACUGGUACUCCUCUACAGAACAACCUGGAGGAGCUGUUUCACCUGCUCAACUUCCUCACUCCCAACCGUUUCAAUAAUCUGGAGGGGUUCCUGGAGGAGUUUGCAGACAUCUCCAAGGAGGACCAGAUCCAGAAGCUCCAUGACCUGCUGGGUCCCCACAUGUUGAGGAGGCUGAAGGCUGACGUCUUCAAGAACAUGCCGUCCAAGACUGAGCUCAUCGUACGAGUGGAACUAAGCCCCAUGCAGAAGAAAUACUACAAGUUGAUUCUGACAAGGAACUUUGAGGCUUUGAACUCUAAAGGAGGAGGUAACCAGGUGUCUCUACUCAACAUCAUGAUGGACCUGAAGAAGUGUGCCAACCACCCCUAUCUCUUCCCUGUCGCCUCCAUGGAAGCCCGCAAGACGGCGAGCGGAGCGUACGAGGGCAUGGACCUCACAAAGGCUUCUGGGAAACUGACUCUGUUGCAGAAGAUGAUGAGGAAACUGAAGGACCAGGGACACCGGGUGCUAGUCUUCUCACAGAUGACUAAGAUGUUGGACCUGUUGGAGGACUUCCUGGACUUUGAGGGUUAUAAGUACGAGAGGAUCGACGGAGGAGUCACAGGAGCUCUGAGACAGGAGGCCAUAGACAGGUUCAAUGCUCCUGGUGCUCCUCAAUUCUGUUUCCUGCUGUCCACCAGGGCAGGGGGUCUGGGUAUUAACCUGGCCACAGCAGACACUGUUGUCAUCUUCGACUCAGACUGGAACCCCCACAAUGACAUCCAGGCAUUCAGUCGCGCCCACCGCAUCGGGCAGGCCAACAAGGUGAUGAUCUACCGUUUUGUGACCCGUGCCAGUGUGGAGGAGCGCAUCACCCAGGUGGCAAAGAGGAAGAUGAUGCUGACCCACCUGGUGGUGAGGCCCGGCCUGGGCUCCAAGGCUGGAUCCAUGUCCAAACAGGAGCUGGACGACAUCCUCAAGUUCGGCACCGAGGAACUCUUCAAGGACGAGAUCGAAUCGGGGGACAACAGGGAUGAUGAGGGCAGUGUGAUCCACUAUGACAGCUCGGCCAUCGAGAGACUGCUGGACCGGAGCCAGGACGCUACAGACGACACAGACAUGCAGAACAUGAACGAAUACCUCAGCUCCUUCAAAGUGGCCCGCUACAUGGUACGAGAGGAGGAUAAGAUUGAGGAGGUGGAGCGUGAGAUCAUUAAGCAGGAAGAGUGUGUGGACCCAGAAUACUGGGAGAAGCUGCUGAGACAUCACUAUGAGCAACAACAGGAGGACCUGGCUAGUAAACUGGGCAAGGGCAAGAGGAACCGCAAGCCUGUCAACUACAACGACGCAGCACAGGAGGACCAAGAGUGGCAUGCUGGUAUUUCAGAUAACCAGUCCGAGUACUCUGUGGGCUCUGAGGAGGAGGAUGAAGACUUCGAUGAGAGGCCAGAAGGUUCUCGCCGACAGUCCCGUCGCCAGAUGAGGAACGAGCGAGACAAGCCACUUCCCCCCCUGUUGGCCAGAGUAGGGGGAAACUUGGAGGUAUUGGGCUUCAACACGCGCCAGAGGAAAGCCUUCCUAAACGCGGUGAUGCGUUGGGGCAUGCCCGCACAGGACGCCUUCUCCUGCCAGUGGCUGGUCAGAGACCUGAGGGGCAAGAGUGAGAAGGAGUUCAAGGCGUAUGUCUCUCUGUUCAUGCGUCACCUGUGUGAGCCCGUGGCCGACGGUGCCGAGACGUUUGCCGAUGGCGUGCCGAGGGAGGGCCUGUGUCGGCAGCCUGUGCUCACCCGCAUCGGAGUCAUGUCCCUGGUCAAGAAGAAGAUCCAGGAGUUUGAGCACAUCAAUGGGCGGUGGAGUCUUCCAGAACUGAAGCCAGAGAUGAAGCCAGAGGCCCUGAGACCAGAGGUCAGUGUGUCUUCUUCCUCCAGAGCCUCCUCCCCUGGUGGGACCAUGAAGACCGCUACGCCCACCCCUGACCCCAGCUGUACCUCAGACAACACCCCCUGCACCUCAAAACCAGCUACCCCUGCUCCGUCGGACAAACUAGAGAAGAACGGGAAAGAUGGAGAGAAGGAAGAGGAAGAUGAGGAGGGUAAGGCCUCAUCUGAGCCAGAGCAAGAUGGCGAGAAGGAGAAGAACGAGGGGAAGGAGGAAGAGAGCAACAAGAGUGCAGACCCUGAAGAGACUCCAAUCUCUACCAAAGAAGCACUACAAGAAUUAUCCCCUUGCACAACAACAGACAAGGAGGAGAAGGGUACAAAAGAGGAGAAGGAGGGGAAAGAAACCAAAACGACUGACACCCUUCCGGCCCUAGUGGAGGAGAAGAAAGUUGAGGAGGAGAGUAAGGAGGAGGGGUCCUUCGGGGAAACAACUAAGCAAGGGUCGGAGGUCAAACAUGAGAAACCAGGUAGUGUAACACUCUCACCUAGAGAGAAGGUGGAGGAGGAGAAAGAGAAGGACAACAACAAGGAAAAGGACAUGGAGAAGAGUGAGGAGGCCCCUGUCCCCACAGAAGGGCCAGACAACAUGGAAAGGAUGGAGCGACAGCAACCCUCUGACGUGAUGAAAGAGGAAGUAAAAGGUGAAAAGGAUGCUGGGAAAGAAGUGGCGAAGGAGGAGGUUGCCAAAGAUGCCUUGCCAAAACCCCCCAUCACCCCCCCCGAGCGACGGCGCUUCAUGUUCAACAUUGCUGAUGGGGGCUUCACGGAGCUGCAUACGCUGUGGCAGAACGAGGAGCGGGCCGCCAUCUCCUCCGGGAAGAUGAAUGAGAUCUGGCACCGGCGACACGACUUCUGGCUGCUGGCGGGAAUUGUACUUCAUGGGUACGCGAGGUGGCAGGACAUCCAGAACGAUCCCCAGUUUGCUAUCGUCAACGAGCCCUUCAAGUCGCAGGCCAACAAGGGCAACUUCCUGGAGAUGAAGAACAAGUUCCUGGCCCGCCGCUUCAAGUUAUUAGAGCAGGCCCUGGUGAUAGAGGAACAACUGAGACGGGCAGCCUACCUGAAUAUGACCCAGGACCCGGUCCACCCCGCCAUGGCGUUGAACGCCCGUUAUGCCGAGGUGGAGUGUCUGGCCGAGUCCCACCAACACCUCAGCAAGGAGUCCCUGGCCGGGAACAAACCGGCCAAUGCCGUGCUGCAUAAAGUGCUGAACCAGUUGGAGGAGCUGCUGAGCGACAUGAAGGCUGACGUGACACGGCUCCCCGCCACGCUGUCCCGGGUCCCGCCCAUUGCCGCACGUCUGCAGAUGUCAGAGAGGAGCAUCCUCAGCAGGCUGGCCAGCAAGGGCACUGACACACACCCGCCCCCGACCAUCCCUCCAGGACCCUACGCCACUCCUCAGAACUUUGGGCCCCCCUUCACCCCCACCCCCCUGGGAGUCUUACCCAUGGGAGGAGCCAACUACAGCCAGAUGCCUCCUGGAUCCUUCGUAUCAGUGUUGAACGGUCCUCCUGUGUCAGUGAAGAAGGAGAGGGAAGCAGAGCAGCUCCUGAGCAGGAGAGACCAGCGCCGUGGAGAGGUCAUCUGUAUCGACGACUGAACAAUAUCGCUCACUGACCGCACACACACACACGUCAACAUAUAUACACACACAUAUAUACAGAAACAUAUAUACACACACACACACACCAACAUAUACACACACACCAACACAUAACACACUCAGUACAGUAUCCACACUCCGCAGACUGACACUCCCUAUGAAUAUAUACACACACACAUGAACAUACACACACCAACACACAAUACACACAGUACAGUAUCCACACUCCACAGACUGACACUCCCUAUGAAUACACACACACACACACACACUUGUGGUCCAUGCUGUCACGUACAUACUCACCUGCUCAAUCGCUUGUUGUCUGCCUCAAA